AGUGAGGGCUCCCCCUCAGUGAAUGCAUAACACCUUCCCCCAGCAGCUCAGUGCUGCAUUUAUCAGGAGUUUGCUGACCCACAUUCACAGCAGAUUGCUCGCAUCAUGCAGCCUUGUUCCUCAGUCCCACAUACACAGCAGCCUCCCUCUACCUGCCAAGAACUGGGAGAGGAAGAACCGAGUGGUUUACCCUCCGCAGCUGCCAGAUGAGCCUCGCAGACCCGUGGAAGUUUACCACUGCAGGAGACAAAUCAAAUACAGCAAGGAUAAAAUGUGGUAUCUGGCAAAAAUGAUCAGAGGGAUGACGUUCGACCAAGCGGUUGCCCAGCUGCAGUUCAAUGACAAAAAGGGAGCGAAGGUUAUGUUGGAGGUUCUUCUGGAAGCCCAAGAAAUGGCUGUCAGGAACCACAAUCUGGAGUACAGAUCGAACCUAUACGUAGCUGAGUCAUUCUCAAGUAAGGGUCAGUAUCUGAAGAGGAUUCGCUACCAUGGGCGAGGGAUGUUUGGCAUCAUGGACAAAGUCUACUGCCACUACUUUGUCAAGCUGGUGGAAGGAAGCCCCCCGCUGAAGAAGGCAACAACCGGCUUUGACCAGGCCAAGGAGUAUGUGCAGCAACUGCGUAACAGAACCAUCAUUCACUCCCUGUAAUGGGGCUCCAUUAGCUGUGGGCUGGCCCAGCACAGCACUGUAGCCUGUCCUGCAACAGGCCUGGAAAGCGACUGCAAAUAAACACCAGCGAUUUAGCGAAUUGAGUUUGCGUUAUUCCAGAAACCAAAUUGGCCUGCUGUCUCUGUGAGGCCCCAGCGAACAGUCAGGAUUGCACAGGACAUAAGGAGUAGGAACCUGUUCCACCGUUCACUAAGACCAUGGCUGACCCGAGAUCCCUUGAUUCCCUGAGAAAACAGAGCUGUGGAUGUUGACGAUCUGAAACAAAAGCAGUUUGCAGGAGAAACUCGGCAAGUUUGGCAACAUUGAAAAAUGGAGUUUAUGUUGAUAUCUGGGGAGGGGUGAGAGAGGGAAGGAGUGAGCACGUAGGUGCAGGUGGAACCCAGAGAGAGAAAAUAAAAAAGUUGGGCAGACAAAGGGAUGGUUAAUAGUAAGCCAGGGAAGAAGGAAAGCUAGAUAGGUAAUAAUGAGGGGAUGGAAUUGGGUUGGCUGUGUUGAAAGCUACCCAUGUCAUAACAGGAUGUGGAGGUGCCGAUGUUGGCCUGGGGUGGACAAAGUCAGACGACACCAGGUUAUAGUCCUACAGGUUUAUUUGAAAUCACAAGCUUUCGAAGCGUUGCUCCUUUAUUCAGUCUGACGAAGGAGCAGCGCUUCAAAAGCUUGUGAUUUCAAAUAAACCUGUUGGACUAUAACCUGGUGUUAUCUGACUUCUGCCCAUGUUAUGACUGGUCCUGGAGUUUGGGGUGGGUAAUAGACAUGGAAAGAGGUGUUCAUGUUAUUGAACUCCUGAAGACUGUAAUGUCCCCAAGUGGAAGAUGAGAUGUUCUUACAGCUUGCAUUGAACCUUGCUGGUACACUGUGGUCUCCUAAAUUCCCUGUUUUUGGUGAUUAUUUCACUUGACAGACUUGCAGUUUAUUCUUUCCCAUAAGUGGAAAUCUAACAUUGUGUUCGAUCACCUUUCAUUGACGCUUUCUAUAAAAUGUUUGUCAGUUAAACCAA